AUGAGACUUGGGAAUAAUGAAUACCUUGCUUGUCGCAUACAUUGUGCUAGUCGACGGUCAUUGAGAGAUGACCCUGGAUUUGAUACCUUGAUGGAGGCAAUAUAUCCAGAUGCUGAGAAUUAUGAAGAGGAUAGGCCCAAAGUUGGUAAAGACAUAGCUGCUCCAUCUGCACAAAGAACAUCAUCUCGCAAUUAUCACAAUGCUUAUUCAAGAAGAAAAAGAAACAGUCAGGGCACAGAACCUGAGCGAUCUGAUCCAAAUGGGAGUGAAAAUGAUGAUCAUGAUGAGAACAAAGAUUCUUCACCCCUUAAGGAUGAGCAUGGAACACAAACCAAGUUCAGGAAACGCAGGAGAGAGGCACCUUCUCCUGGACCUGCACUGAAGCCUGAAACACUUACAUGGGGAAGAGGCGGUGUUCGAAGCCACGGUCGACAUGGCAGUGCCAGUGGUAGCAGAAAUGCUCGUAAUACGCGAUUAUCUAAGUUAGUUGAUUAUCUUGAAAGUGCGCAAGCAAAUGAUCACGAGUUAAAUAUCCAUCUUGAGCUUCUUAUUCCAUUAGACAAACAAACGACACCAAGUCUGAAAAAGCCCCAUCUCUGCUGCACGCCAAGCACAUCAGUUGGACACCUCCGUGAAAUAAGACUUGUAGCUCAGGAGACAAAAUCACUAGCCAAAGAUGUUAAAUUCCUGGCGGUAAAGGGAAAUAUUAACCAUUCAAUCUUAAUGGAUGCAUCAAAUAUGCUAUCUUGA